AUGAACAAAUACAAGGGUCGAAAGAGUAAAAUCUCCAAAGACCAACCAAUAUCCACAGCAGACUUCCAGACUUUCCACAAACUUCAAGCUCUACUCUACCCUCUCAUGGCCAGUCUACAGGAUGAGGUGGUCUGUCCCAUAUGCAUUGAUAUUCUAAAGAAUCCUGUCACCACAGAAUGUGGGCACAAUUUCUGCCUCCAAUGCAUCACUAUGUGUAGGAUAGACAACAUUCUCAGAUGUCCACUCUGCCAAAAAUCAAUGAAGUGUAACGAACCCACUCCCAACAAGCUAUUGGCAAAUCUAGUGAAGACAAUCCAGGUUAUGGAUCCCUCAGAGAAACAGCCAAACAGGAAAGAACCGAAGUGUCUUCUUCAUGAGAAGAAGUUACAUUUUUACUGUGAGAAUGAUGGGCAGAUGCUGUGUGUGGUGUGUUGUGAAAAAAGGGAACACAAACUACACAAAAAACUUGUGAUAGAAGAAGCUGCCCAGGAUUACCGGGAACAACUUCAAUCACAGGUGAAAAUAUUGAAACAAACAGAGGAAAAUAUUGUAAAAUUAAAGAUGGAGGGAGAACAAAAGAUCGGUUCCUUCUUGAAUCAAGUGAAAUCUGAAAGGGAAAGGAUCAUUGCAGAAUUCAGAGAGCUCUAUCAGGUCCUAAGUGAACAAAGGACACUCCUCCUUUUACGGGUAAAAUGGUUGCAUGAGAAGGGAUUGAAGGAGAAAGAAUUCUAUGACAUAUGCUUUCAAAAACAGCUGGACUCUCUCAGGAAGCUUAUUGAUACCCUGAAGGCCAAGCAGGACUUGCCACCCAGUCAACUGCUCCAGGUUGUCAAAAUUGUUUUGUGCAGGAGUCAUGGCUUUCGAUUCCUCUACCAAAUCCCUAUUUCUCCAGACAUGGAGUCAACUCUCAGUAAAGCAAAAUCAGGACAUGACAACCUCACAGAAAGCCUGAAGAAAUUCAAAGACAAAUUUCAGUCUGAGAGAAUGGAAGAUAUAUCGAAAUUUUUCAAAGACAAAGGUAAAGACUCCAUACAGAACUAUCGUGGAACAAGGAACUCACCAUCACCAAACACCCUGGCCAACCCCACCUUUUCUGGGAGUACCACCGACCUUCCAUUGCUCCAGUCUCAAAGCCAGGGCUCUUUAGCUGAGGCUUCCUUUUAUCAAGCCAGAUCUGAAAACCAGCCCAGCAUUAGAGGACUCAAAACAGAAUCAACUUCCAUAACCCUGGAUAAGUCCUCGGCCCAUCCGGACCUCAUCAUUUCCCGGGAUCUGAAGACAGUGACACUGGAUUUCAUUCAACAGUCCGUGGAACCUACCGACCUCGCGCGCUUCUACCCCUUUCGCUGCGUGCUGGGCUCUCCGGGCCUCAAAUACGGGCGCCAUCAGUGGGAGGUGAUGCUUCGAGGGCCCGAAGGCGGAGGCUGCAUCGUGGGCGCAGUCUCCGGCCUGGUACCCAGGCGGGGCUGUCUAGCGAUGGAGCCCUCUACGGGCUUCUGGGUGCUUCGCAUCACCGGCUUUGAGUGUCAGGCGCUAAAUGGGGUCGACACCCACGAAGUUCUUCUGAUCCCCCAUCCGACAAAGAUAAGCAUCUGUGUGGAUCACGAAGACGGAGAGGUCACUUUCUACGACGGCACUACAAAGAACCACAUCUAUACUUUCCAUGCUUCCUUCCCUGGGGAGAUCUUUCCCUUUUUCCAGCUCCUCUUUGCAGAUAGAUCUGUGCGGGUCCCUUUGACUCCCGACAAGUGCGCUGGAGAUGAAGCAGACAGAAGGGGGCGGCCUUCUCAAAGCGUUGACAGCUGUCUAGCUUGGGGUGACCGCGGGGUUCUCUCGGAGGCCUGGGUAGACGCCCCUGCACUGCCCUGCCGAGCUGCGGCCUCAGAGGAGGGCGGGCCCGGGUGUCGGGCCAGGGGGACGUCUAGGGACAUGCAGGUCUGGAUCCGCAAGCACCCCUUCCGCAUGUUCAUUCCGAAUUACCCCCGUGCCAUCUCCUAA